AUGGACACCGCCACAGCAACUCAUGGCACCUCAUGGCACACUCAAGCGGCCUCGAGCAUCGUGGGUUCCCACACAGAUGAUUUUAUUGCGACCUCUUUGGACGAUUCUUCCCUGUCGUUUGUGACUGAGAACCAUGCUGAAGUGCAGAAGCUCCUCUCGAGCAGGAACCUGAAGAAGAAAGGACUCCCCGUAUUGCGUAGGAAGGAGUUCCUCGGCACGUGUGCUUUAUUCGUGCUCUGUGCCUUUGCUGCCUACCGCUUGGCGGCCUUCAAAGGACGAGAUAGGUUCAAGCUGCAGGCGGAUGAGGGUUCGUGGCUCCUUGCCUCGCCAGCAGCAGCCGCUGCGCGGAAAAGCGCUGCACGCAGCGCUGUUGUGGUGGGCAUGCCUCUGUACUCGGGACCAGUGGACCUGAGGAAGGUACAUGAGGCUGUCCAAAACGUGGAUCUGGAUGCCCUCACCGAUCUCGAGGGAGAUGCAGCAGAGCUGACGAGCCAGCUGGGAACCCCCGAGGCUUCUGCUGCCUUCCUGCGGCUGCGGCGGCUGACGAAGCAGGCGCAGGAGAAAGCCAAGCAGAUUCAGACAUCGAAGUAUGACCUAAGGAAAGCCUCGAUGGCUGUUGCUGUUGCGCAGACAACGCGCGCGCGGGGGGCCCUAGACGAUCUCCGGCUGGUCUAUGCUGCAGCAGCAGCAGAAGCCGACCGUUUCUUCUCUCUGUCGCAGCAGACACUGACGGACGCAGCAGCAGAGGCUGAGCGGCUCAUCUGCAGCAUUCAUUCACAGCAGCAGCGGCUAGAGCAGUUGGAGCACGGGCUCAAGGGGAUCGUUGCAGGAUAUACCAGUAACGGCGUCAGCAGCAACCCGUUGGAACCCCACUUGGUCGCUAUGCAGCGGCUGCUAGAAGCAGCAGGCAGGGACCAGGAGAUUCUGUUGUCUGAGUCCAUCAAUCUGCACAGAGACAGGGGUGACGGCAGCUCCGUGUCCCUCGUGGAGUCGGUAGAAGCGGUGAGGGUGGUAUCGGCUAUCCAGCGUCGACUGAGGCGAGCCGCCGCAGAAGCAGACCACUGGUCACAGGAGGCGGAGGAAGUGGCGCGGUCUCAGGCGCAAAACGCCUUCACGGGGUUCUACGCGCAUCUUCUGUGGCAGCGGAAUCGAGUGGAGGUGAACAAGUUCGCCUGCGCCUACGACCCUUCUCAGGAACGGGACCAGGCGGACCGGCAGCAACUUGAAGCCCUGUCGCGCCGCAUGCUAGAGUUGACGGAGCAUUUCGGCAGGGAGCAGAAGCUUCUGCAGGGAACAGCUGACGCGCUGCAGAUGUUUUCGAGUGUGAGGCAGGCCCGGAACCAGGUGCGGACGGCCAGCGAAGAAGUGAGCAGGGUGGCAACUGUGAGUACGAGCGCAAAAGCCCUUGAGGUCUUACGGGCUGCAGCAGAGAAUACACCACCAGACAGCUCCGAAGCCAAGGCCCGUGAUGAGGCUGCAAAAGAACUUAUCAGUCAACUUGAACAGACCGCCUCCGAGGCAGUAGACGCCGUGCGCUGCCUUUUCGAAAAUGGCGUGCGGAUUAAGGGGCCGGGAAGGAGCCUUUUAGAGGAGGCCGAAGCUCCCCCAAGGAGCCAACAUUCAAGAAACGAGGUGGGCGAGAAACCCCCAUCUCACGGUUUGUCUAAGAAGUGGUCGUCUGAUGCUGAGGCUGCUACUAUUGUGAAACUUGCUGCUGAGAAAACUCUGGAGCAGCUCAAAGAGCCUGACUUGGAUGCUUUUAAAGCCAUAUCAACAGCAGAUGAGUGCGCGUACCUUGUGGCUACUGCAAUUUCACGCGAUGCAAAGGCAACCCGAAAAGCCGCUGAAGUCAACGCUUGGAUGAGGCUGGAGACAUACGUGGAGGAAGCCACAGCAGCACACAGGCACGCUCUUGCUUCCAUGCAUGCGCCCAGUGAGAAAAUUUUGCAGGAGCACAAGGUUUCUUCUGAGGACGUGGUCCACUUGGCGGCUGAAGUGUACAGGCAGCAGCGGGUUGGGCCAGCGGCAAAGGCGACUGCGGACCUGCAGGAAAAGGCGUGGCAGACUGAAAUGCUUGUAGAAAAUGCAAGGAGAGCGAAGAGGCACACGAGAGGAAGAAGACCCGUCACAGUGUCGGAGCCUGUGACACUUGCUACUGCGCAGCAAGAGGCGCUACGGCAUGCAGGCGAUGCAUACAUUGUAGUAGAGCGCUCAGGAGCUAUGCUAGCCGCCCUCACAGAAAGGAUGAUGCGGUGGCCGACUACAGAAGGAAUGCACGCUGUCGAGCAAGCUCACGAAGCAGCCCGAAAAGUCCGAGAUACCAUUCAAACCGCCAGUGAGGAGUUUAAUCGGGGCUGGAAGCUGCUGCAGCAUGCCGACACGAAAGCGAAGCUUGUUGCUGCGGUCGUCGCCGUCCUGCAAGCCAAAGAAGCAGCAGUGGAGGCGGUGCGGCAGCUGCAUUUCACUUAUCAAUCAACAGCGCUCACGGUGAUCACGCAGCUCCCCGCCGUGAUAAUGAGAAAGGGCGACGAGAAAGGAAACCGCAACAGUGGCGACAAUGUCCUGUCUGAGAUAGAGGCGGCGCUACGGCUAGCGAGAGAUGCACAGGAAGCCCACAUUGAGGUCACUAAGCGGCUCCAGCAGGACCUGCAGAAACUGCCACGGUCGCAUGUAGGGUGGAGGGGCGGGGAGGAUGACCUGCGGGAUGAGGCAAUUCUAGUGCAGAGCUUUGUCAGCCGCAUUGCGGCGCUCGCAGCGGAGGCGAGGCAGAAAGUGCAUGCUGAAGAGUCCGUGGGCCACCUCGCAAGCGAGGCGCGGGAAUGUGCGAUGGAAGUGGUGCAGGCAGUUGUCAAUGCAGACACUCAGGUGUAUGACUUGCAGAACAGCCUAGAUAUGGCUGGUCUGCUUGGAUUGGCUCGCGAGGAAAUCCAAGAGGUUCUUGUAAGAUGA